CUGAUCCGUUCUAAGAAGAAUAGAGAAUUGACAAAAAAAACACAACAUUUAAAAUGAAUAAGGGAAUGUCUACAUCUCCAAUAUUAUAUUUUGUUUCAAUAAUGUUCUUAAUCGUUAUGGCUGAUGCUAGGGCUCGUGGAGGUAGAGCGUUCGAUGAGAACUAUGUUGUUACGUGGGGAAAUGUCUUGAAACUCAACCAAGGGAAAGAAGUCCAGCUCUCCAUGGAUAAAGCUGCAGGUUCUGCCUUUGAGUCUAAGCACAACUACGGAUCAGGAUUCUUCCAAAUGAGGAUCAAACUACCUGCACAAGAUUCCGCUGGAGUUGUCACAGCUUUUUAUUUAACUUCCAAGGGAAACACCCACGACGAACUUGACUUUGAGUUCUUGGGGAAUAGAGGAGGAAGACCGAUAGCACUUCAAACAAAUGUCUUUACAAAUGGUCAAGGAAAUAGAGAACAAAAGUUUGUUCUUUGGUUCGAUCCAACCCAAGAUUUCCACACUUAUGGAAUUCUUUGGAAUCCGUAUCAAAUUGUGUUUUAUGUGGACAAAAUUCCAAUAAGGAUAUUCAAAAACAACAGAAGAUAUGGCGUAGGCUAUCCAUCAAAGGCCAUGAAAGUGGUGGCUAGUCUGUGGAACGGCGAGAAAUGGGCAACAGACGGUGGUAAAGCCAAAACUGAUUGGUCGUACGCUCCUUUUAAAGCCAAUUUCCAAAGGUUUGCUAAUUCUGGUUGUCAUGCGGAUGGUCGGAACAUUAACGCCAAAGUAUGUGGUUCAGCAACAUACUGGUGGAAUACGAGGAAGUAUAGAAUGUUAAGUGCAUACGAACUUAAGGCAUUGAAGAAUGUGAGAGCGAAGUUCAUGAACUACGAUUAUUGUUCGGAUCGGUCUAGAUUUUCUGUUCCUCCUACGGAAUGUCGAUGGAAUCAAUGAUGAUUAUAUGUAUAAAGUUCAUCAAAGGAAGAUAAUGACUUCUGUUUUUUAUUUAAUACAUCCUUGAGUAGCCAUA